GUUUGGUUUUCGGUGCCUUGCCUAUCCAUUUUGCCUACCUUCGGCCGCCUAACUCACUCAAUUCCAUUACCAGUACACAGUAACUACCACUACACACUCCCCCAGUUUCAGCUCUUUUUUAUAUUAUUAACUACAUACACAUACCUACAUCCAUAGGGUACUAGGUUAGGUAGUUAGUAAUUAUAGUUUUCUACACCACCAUCACCAAUCUCCCGUCACCAUCCCACCUUCAUCUUUAACCAUUAGUUAUACCUUGUUGUUCAGUUGCGCAACUGACCUCCAACAUCCUGCUUAUCUUUGAACUUGAUUAUUGUUUAAUUCUCAGAUCGAGCAUUUCUUCUUAUUACAGAGCUGCAAUCAUAAGGAUAUUGAAGACAGAGUCGCAUUAGCUAUCCGCCAUUCGCCAUCCAUUCACCAUCCACCAUCCACCGACUCCCCCCUCCCCCCAUUCAACAUGGACGCUGAAGAAGGUCAAGCGCCUGCUCCCUCGAAUGUGCCCGACCCGCGCAAUGUUCAGGUCGACAAUGCCAUUCGCGCUAUCAAGGAGAAGAAGCCUCUUCCGGAAAUUGACUUCAGCAUCCAUACUAUGGAAGAUGGUUCUCAAGUUAGCACUAUGGAGCGGGUCUGCAAAGACGUUCAGGCGCCCGCCACUUUCAAACCCACCGACGAGCAAUUCUUCGAGGACGACACACAUACCAAACCCGACAUCACUUUCCUGAAGCAGCACUUUUACCGCGAGGGGCGAUUGACCGAUGAACAGGCCUUAUGGAUUAUCAAGACUGGAACCGAGCUUCUACGUAAUGAGCCUAACCUUCUGGAGAUGGAUGCCCCCAUAACCGUCUGUGGUGAUGUUCACGGCCAGUACUACGAUCUCAUGAAACUCUUUGAAGUCGGUGGCGACCCCUCCGAGACUAGAUACCUCUUCCUUGGUGAUUACGUCGACCGAGGCUAUUUCAGCAUCGAAUGUGUUCUAUACCUGUGGUCAUUGAAGAUACACUAUCCCAAGACGCUCUGGCUUCUGCGCGGUAACCAUGAGUGUCGUCACUUGACCGAUUAUUUCACCUUCAAGCUUGAAUGCAAGCACAAGUACUCGGAGGCUAUAUAUGACGCCUGCAUGGAUUCCUUCUGCUCCCUCCCGCUUGCAGCUGUCAUGAACAAGCAGUUCCUCUGUAUUCAUGGAGGUCUUAGCCCCGAGCUACACACUCUAGAUGACUUGAAAAACAUUGACCGCUUCCGAGAACCACCAACCCAAGGCUUGAUGUGCGACAUUCUAUGGGCCGAUCCGCUGGAGGACUUCGGCCAGGAGAAGUCGAGCGAGUAUUUCAUGCAUAACCAUGUGCGCGGUUGCUCGUAUUUCUUCUCUUACCCGGCUGCUUGUGCCUUCUUAGAGAAGAACAACCUUCUAUCGAUCAUCCGAGCGCAUGAGGCGCAAGAUGCCGGUUAUCGAAUGUACCGUAAGACCAGAACCACCGGUUUCCCGAGCGUCAUGACCAUUUUCUCUGCACCCAACUAUCUGGAUGUCUACAACAACAAAGCCGCAGUAUUGAAGUAUGAGAACAACGUUAUGAACAUUCGGCAAUUCAAUUGCACGCCCCAUCCUUAUUGGUUACCUAACUUUAUGGAUGUUUUCACGUGGUCCCUGCCAUUCGUAGGUGAAAAGAUCACCGACAUGCUGAUCGCCAUUCUGCAUACCUGCUCCGAAGAAGAGCUCAAGGAAGAGACGCCCAUGUCCUCCUCACCCGGUCCGCAAUCUCCCCCACUUGGAGGACCUUUCUCCGAUCCGGAUUCCAUCGAGUAUAAGCGACGAGCCAUCAAGAACAAGAUUCUGGCCAUUGGCCGACUGUCCCGCGUGUUCCAGGUUCUCCGAGAGGAGUCUGAGAGCGUUACGGAGCUCAAGACUGUAUCCGGUGGACGACUGCCUGCAGGGACCCUUAUGCUUGGUGCAGAAGGUAUCAAGAAUGCUAUCAAUACCUUUGAGGAUGCGAGGAAGGUUGAUCUGCAGAAUGAGAGACUGCCACCCAGUCACGACGAAGUUGUUAGACAUCAGGAAGAAGAACGACAGCAGGCCUUGGAGCGUGCCUCUCGAGAGGCUGACAAUGAUAAGAAGUUGCAGACCUUGUCUAGAAGGCUAAGCACUGAUCGCAAGCGAUGAUGCUCCGCGAGUGCAAGGGACCCUGGUCGUUAAAAAGAGAAAAUGGCCAUCGAUCCGAGGCCUGCCUAGGACGAUUUUGCUAAUGGGUGGUCUUGGCCUAACAAAUUAGUACAUGCUAUCAGCCUAGAAGGUAGCAUGUUGGCAAUGGUUUAAGUGAUAGGGUGGUGGUCUUUGACUGGAUCGUCAUUCAAAAGACAAGAUAUCGAAUCGCAGAAAGGAUCGAAAGAGUGAGCCGAGCAGACAGUAGUCACAGAUGGUAUGGUUGGUUCAGAACCAAGAUAAAGGUCACAGCCAUGAUAGUGGAGUCACAGGUCUAAACAUGGUGUAAGGCGAGUUGGCGAUGACCAAACUAUACAAGAGACACACCAUAUGAUUGAGCUGGCCCUUGACCAUCUCGGCUGUCACUGGUGUAAUUCGUGCUAUCUGGGUAGAUAGGUACCUACCUAGAUAGUUUAUUCAUUUCCGCGCCAGAUCGUCGCUGGACAAGUCCGACACCCAUAAUUAUUGCGUAGCAUGAAUGUGAAUG